GUCCCGACGGCCUGGUGCAGCCACGCUGUGUUCUUCUGCCUCGGCCUGCUGGCGCGCGUCUUCGUGUUGCCCGCGGGCUGGGGCUGGAGGUCGCAGGCUGCGUGCGAGGGAGCCCCAGUCCCAUUGGAGGCAGUCAGCACGGGCGGGGAGUGCGUGUGGCCGUCGGUCGAGCAGUUUCGCCUCCUGGCUUCGCAGCUGGCGAGGCGGAUCACUUUGCUGGACGCGCCGCCCGGCGCGGCAGUGGUCCUCACGGUGGGCGGAGACAGUUACGAGGAGCCGACGGUCGCGGAUGCGGACGUGCUCGAGAUGCGGCCUCCUCGAGGCCUCGGGGCGCCACUGUUCGGCGUCGCCGAGCUCAGCACGAAUCGGUUCGCGGCUGCGCCUGUCGCGGUCGCCAUGUGGGCGCGCCUGCGGGCGGCCACGAUGCUGCGUGGCGUGCCCGUGCCUGCCUCGCCGUUCGCGUUGGCGGCAGGGGCGGGCGGCGGUGCCGCCUGGGUUCCGCAGUGCGUGCAGCUGGACGACCGCGCUGGCGCGACGGUCAUGAUGGCGGUUCCCCUUGCCGCGCCCCUCGUCGGCAGCGACGCCGCUGGCUUGGACGGGGCAGGGGCCGUGGCGACCGCCCUGGGGAUGCCCGUGCCGCCUGCUGCCGCCCCUGCGGCCGCGCCCGUCCCGGCUGCGGCGUAUCUCGCGGCGGCGGCGGCUGCCGCAGGCGCUGGUGGGGCGGCUAUGGCAGACUGCCGCGGGCACCUGAGAGUGCGCCGCGCGGAGGGGCGGCGGGCGCCGGAUUCCGCCUCGGCGGCCCUGCUGGCCGCCCCCACGCCCCAGGCGGAGGCGAUGCGGUGCGACGCGGACUCGAUCGGCCAGCAGCACGUGAGGGACUGCAGGCUGCUCGAGCUGGGCUGUUGCCACGACCAGGGGAACUGCGCGAAGGUGGCGUCGCACGAGCUGAUCGGCUGCCAGAUCCAGCUUAUCGAGGGGCGGCACUGCGAGGACGCCGUCACCGCGCAGGUGGCCGCGGAGGACAUGAAGAGGGGAAGGGGCAAGAGCGCCAAAGCUGCCAGCGCGAGUUUGCUGGCGGUGGAAGCGGGCCACUACGCGGGGGCGACGGCGGGCAAGGGCCCCCUUUGCAUCGCGCCAGCCCUCACGGACGUCAUCGUUGACCAGUUGGAGACGGAGGCCGCCAUCGCCAAGGAGAG